CGGAGCCGGUUUCUCCUGUCCUCCCCGCAUCCCUCUCCGGCCUCUCCCCGUCCUUUCUCUCUCUCUCCCUCUCUCAUUCUCUCUUUCGACUCCCCGGUCCUCCUCCAACGCCUCUUCGAGCGGCCCCCCUGACUCCCCUGCAGAGCUCGCUAACUUGUGGCUGUUGUGAUGCGUAUUCCCGUAGAUCCCAGCACCAGCAGGAGGUUCAGCCCCCCUUCCAGCAGCCUGCAGCCCGGAAAGAUGAGCGAAGUCAGCCCGGUGGUGGCGGCAGCCCAGCAGCAACAGCAGCAGCAGCAGCAGCAACAGCAGCAGCAGCAUCAGGAGGCGGCGGCAGUGGCGGCGGCGGCGGCGGCGGUGCCCCGGCUGCGCCCGCACGAUAACCGCACCAUGGUGGAGAUCAUCGCCGAUCACCCGGCCGAGCUGGUCCGCACCGACAGCCCGAACUUCUUGUGCUCCGUGCUGCCUUCACACUGGCGCUGCAACAAAACGCUCCCGGUGGCAUUCAAGGUGGUGGCUUUAGGAGAAGUCCCUGAUGGGACAGUGGUCACAGUCAUGGCUGGAAACGAUGAAAAUUAUUCUGCAGAGCUGAGGAAUGCCUCAGCUGUAAUGAAGAAUCAAGUGGCACGGUUUAAUGACCUGAGAUUCGUUGGCAGAAGUGGAAGAGGGAAAAGUUUUACUCUGACAAUAACUGUCCUUACAAAUCCCCCUCAAGUUGCUACAUACCACAGAGCUAUAAAAGUGACAGUAGAUGGACCAAGGGAACCACGGAGGCACAGACAGAAGCUUGAUGACUCUAAACCUAGUUUGUUCUCUGAGCGUCUCAGUGAUUUAGGGCGCAUUCCUCAUUCCAGUAUGAGAGUAGGGGUCCCGACUCAGAGCCCACGGCCCCCUCUGAACUCUGCACCAAGCCCUUUUAAUCCACAAGGACAGAGUCAGAUUACAGACCCCAGACAAGCACAGUCAUCCCCUCCAUGGUCCUAUGACCAGUCUUACCCAUCAUAUUUGAGCCAGAUGACUUCACCAUCCAUUCAUUCCACAACUCCCUUGUCCUCCACACGAGGCACAGGGCUUCCUGCCAUCACCGAUGUGCCCAGACGGCUCUCAGGUGCUUCAGAGCUGAGCCCAUUUUCAGAUCCCAGGCAGUUUACAAGCAUUUCAUCCCUCACUGAGAGCCGCUUCUCCAACCCACGAAUGCACUAUCCAGCCACCUUCACUUAUACACCGCCAGUCACUUCAGGCAUGUCAUUGGGUAUGUCAGCCACCACUCAUUACCACACCUACUUACCGCCACCUUAUCCGGGCUCUUCCCAAAACCAAAGUGGACCAUUCCAGACCAGCAGUACUCCAUAUCUCUACUAUGGCACAUCAUCAGGAUCAUACCAGUUCCCCAUGGUGCCGGGGGGAGACCGUUCCCCCUCCAGAAUGCUUCCUCCCUGUACCACCACAUCCAACGGCAGCACAUUAUUAAACCCUAACUUGCCUCCCCAGAAUGAUGGUGUGGAGGCUGAUGGAAGCCACAGCAGCUCCCCAACAGUCUUGAAUUCUAGCGGCAGAAUGGAUGAGUCUGUCUGGAGGCCUUACUGAAAUUUUAUCUGCGGGGCCUAAAAUCUGUCAGGCAGAAAGCAAACAAAUAAACAAACAAUUGUCAGCUGAUAAUAAAGUGCCUGCUUUUUUGUUUUUGUUUUUGAAAUAGAUUCUGUUGAUAUGUGCAACUGAGUAGCUGGGAUGUUAACAGCUAAUUAUAUGCAUACAACAUGAGACUGACUUUCCACAUCAUAGUUCCAGUCAAUGUGGAUCAAAGCACAGUUUGUUUUCCUCCUGGGAAUGUUGUCUCAGUUUUAUAUUUUAAAAUAUAAUGAUCCAACCCCCCAAAGAUGCCCAUUCUGUCUAGACUCCUUUAAAAAAAAAGCGAGUUCUUUUGCCAAGAGAGGAGACGUGGACUCCUGCCAAUUGUCAAGACAAAGCCUGUGCUUUAUUUGUUGUUCAAAUAAACAGAAGCAUCUUGAACUUCAGGUACGGUUGCAGCCAUACGAUCUAUAGGACCCUUAUGCAUGCACAGUGUAAUUCACUCCGUGUGUUUGUGCACAUAGAAAAAGUGCUUCCAUUUAUACCAGAAUAUCUUCAGCUUACAGUAACUCCUCAGCCAUCUUAUCAAAGCCUUGCCUCUGAUGAAAGAGAAAACUUUUGAAGUGCUUGGCUUUCUUCUUCUGUUUUUGCUGAAACAGCACCCUAUAAGGUACCAAGACAAACUUGUUUGUUUUGUGUUAUACAUUUAUGUGAUUACCUUUGCCUUAGUCAAGUUAACCAAAACAAUUCUUGGGGAAAAAAGUCCCCCAAACAAAAACAAACAAACAAACAAAAAUUCUAAUUUCUUAUGCAAGGAAAAAAAAAGAGAAUGGCAAUAUAUCUUACUCAAACCAAAACAGUAUCCGUAGUAUGUGUGCGUGGCUAUCUUGUUUUAUUUUAUUAAGUUAUAAAUGUGUACAAAAUUGAGGUUAUAUGCAAAAAAAUGAAUUGUCAUAUAAUUUUAAAGAAAUAUUUAUAAUUAUUUAAUGAUGUUUGGUCCCUUUAAGGUUUUUUUAUAAUGUAAUGAUGUGUUGACUUCGGUCUCUAAAAAUGUUUGUUGUUUUUAAAUAAUGGCAGCCUUUGACUGGUACAGAAUCUCAAGGCCAUGAAUGAACUCUGAAAAGCAGUUCCAGUAUAAACUAUCUGCAAUAUGUUAUUUUUUUAAAAAAAAUAAUUAAAUGCUUCCAUCUCUAAAGAAUUUGGGUAUAAUCCCACAUUGGCUUAAUUUAUGAAGGAGGUACUGCUUUAAACAUAACUGAAUAUUGGGUUGUCUUUUUAACUUGGCCAAAAUUAACUGGAAACAGGUUGAACAGGCAUUAUUUUGAAUCCAUUGCUCUGUAAUCCCUCCAGGAGGUGGGACCUAAAAGUCCAUGAGCAUGAGUCUGCUCUUAGCACAGAGCCUUUCAUCUCUGCCCUCCCCAAGGCUGCCCUCUGCACUGGAAAAGCACUGUCCCUCAAGACUCGGGCCUUAGUAGGAGGGUUUCCUGUCAAGCAGAAGAGAGGCAUAACCUCUCUCCCAAACAGCUAGUUUCAAACGUACAUUCAUCUUAUAUACGUAUGUUUCAAUCCCAGCCAGCUUCAUCUGGUGAAAUUCAAAAGUUUUCCAUGUUUCAAGCAGCAUUUGGGAAACAGUAAAACAGCCUUGCAAUGCCACAAGAAAGGUUCUCAAAACGUCGGCCAUUUCACCAUCCACCCGCUUACCUGAAAUCAGCAGCUUUCAGUAUUGAGUGCUGGAGUAGUUGUUUUCUGUUUAAGAAUGCUUAAACUAAUUUUUCAGUAACUAUACAUUGUGUUACGUGGUGCUGUGUUAAAGUGGAAUAAGCACAAGUGAACCACUCUACAGUUUGAUGCUGCUCCAAUAACAUAUAGUAGCUGAAGGGUAAUUAUAGAAGUCAAAGUCUUUGUAAAGUCACACACCGCUUUUUUAAUUGGGAGACAUGAAUAUUCCUGGAACUCUUAAAAUCAACCAUCCAUCAUUUACCAAACUCUGUUCUGCUGGUAAGCAAGCCAGAUUAGUUCCUUGGCAAGUGUCUGUGUCCCCAAACAUUCUGGAGUCUUUGAGAAUUCUUAUUUAGACUCUGGUGGAUAGAAAAGCUCAUUUGGCACUUUACAUUGAAAUCCAGCAACCUGUAGCUUUGUGCACUUACCUAAAUGAAACAGGAUGUGAGGAUGUGAAUGAAAGGCAGGGAGUAGCAGGAGUCCUUUAAAAGGAGGUGUCACCUUCUUGAAAUUCAUUGUCUUUCUAGCCUCUACUUUGAUCUCCUUUGCACUGUUUUUAGCCUCAGCUGCAUUCAGCAAACAGUCUUUUCUGUGGGUUGCACUGCUGCUGAAACUAAUGAUAGUUAGAUGGACUAUCUUUUGAACACCCAGUCAAUAAGAAAAUGGUGAAACAUUUUACACAAUGCAGUUGGACAGCUUCAGCCUCGUCACCUACUGAUUGCUAAGGCAGCCCAACAGAAUGAUUCCACAUUCCCAUGAAUUAUUCCUGGCAACUUAAUAUAAUUCAUUUGCUCCUUAGGAAAAAAUUAAUGGCCUUCUAAAGGUUAUCUAUCAAGUCCCCUUUUUAUAAAUAGGAGAGACUUUCCUGAUGUGUAAUUUUCUUUCGAAGAUGGAAGUUGCUAUUGAUCCUAUUUAUUGUUUACGGUAGCUUGAAGCAUACCCUUGUCCAUUGAUUUUUAUCUGUAAGAUAAGUAUGUUCAUUUCAGCAGCACUUAAAAAAAGCCAGUGUCUGGUUACACAUUUCAAGUUGUUUAGGAGUAUUGUUGAUUAAACAAACCAAAAUAAGGACAUGAAUCGCCAGUGCAAAUGCUGUUGUGUAUUUAAUAAAAGGUACUAUAUUUGUACAUUAUUUUUUAUUGCUGAAAAGGCCUUUUAAAAGAUAUACUAUAUGCAUCUUAAAUAAUUUUGUAGGGAUAUUUUUUGUGUUGCUACAGGGGCUGCAGGCAGCAACCCAAAUGCAUUUAAAAAGAAAGGAAGAAAGAAAUACAUUCUUGUACAAUUCCAGUACUGCUUUAUAUUCCUGGAUUUAAUCCAGUGUAGGUCAUUUUUUAUAUUUUGUUCUGUAGCUACAGUAAUCUUUCUGUAUCAUAUUUUGGGAUCAUUUGGGAUUAAAACUCCAGAUUGCUCAGGUGUGCAGUUUUGUUUGCCCCAAAGCAUGUCCAGCUCAUGCCCUGGUACUGUUGACUGCACCCAUGAAAUGGUUUGCUUUACAGUUCAGAUAAACCAAUAACAAUGCAAAGAAGAGAGUCAUAAGCACCUUUGAUAUAAGCACAAGGCCCUUCUCUAGUGUCUCAGUUAAGUGUGCCUUUAAAAAAAAAUAGACCCAAGCUCUCAAUAGGAAACAUCUUUAUCAAUCUUGGAUGAUACCUAAUGCCUUGAUGGCAUCAAGGGAAAAAUAAGCUCAGAGUCCAAGCUUUACAGUUACUAAAACAUUUCUCCUGUAUGUCACCCAUCUCUCCUUCAGAAUUCGUUUUCUUUUCAUGCAGGAAGGGAAUGUGGGAUGACAUUAGUAUUAUGGGCUGUAGUUAGGACCUCAAAUCCAGAGGAAAGGCUGGUCCAGUUUAUGGAGUCAAAACUGCUUGUGCAAGUGUCUCUUUACAGUGUCUGUACCAGAGAUGUUUACCAAGUCUUUGGCCGUGGAUAAAACAGAAUUUACUUCUAAUCGUGGGUGUGGCAGAUCAAGGGUUUAUUGAUACAAAUUAGGCACUAGCCCACAUGAAGCCCUUUGACCCACCAUCUAGGAAGGUGCUCCAUUGAAUCUGACCCUUAGCUAGCCGUCCUUGGGCAUGGACUUGCUGGCCAUUAUCUCCUCCCUUCGUCAAGGAGGGUUUUUUGCACUGUCAGGUUUGCCAGAUUAUGGCCCUCCUCUCUCGCUGGAGCCUCCAUUUCAGUCCUGGUGAGGUCAUGCAUCAGGAGUCCAAGAAAAGCCAUGAACAAAAGCAAUAAUUUAAACCUAAAUAAAAAUAAACCAAAGGAAAUAUCGUUUUCUAAGAGCUUUAUUUCUGUGAUAACAUUUCAUUUCAGUAUGUUUUACCUGUCAUUUAGCCAUUUAUGUUUGUUGCAAUAUUUCUAAAUAGGUCAGCCAGAAAGCAUAUUUUACAGUAAGUUUUGUUCCUAGGUACACUAAGCAACAUUCCAAAGUAUUUUUUUGCUUAAAUAUGCUUUACCAGUCUUGAAUUUCUGCUGGAGCAAAUAUUUGUAGUAUUUCCUGUAAAUACAAGCUUUAAUUUCUUUCAUUUUUCCCCAAUUGCUGUUGUCCAAGAAUUGCUUUCCAUGCACAGAUUGUACAAACACAUUCUUUUUUUUUUUGUGCCGCAGACAGCGAUUGUGGAAGGGAAGGGUUUACUUUUUCUUCAAAGGGACUGUGUGUAUUGUAUGUUGCAACUGUAAAUUGAUUUUGUUUGGCAUUCUCUCAUGAUUGUAAUAUUAAUUUUGAGGUUUGAAUCUCAUUUUCAAUAAAGUGGCUUUUUUGUUAA